AUGCGAAUGAUUAUUGUUCCUUGUUGUCUUGCCCUUAUGGUGGCACUAGUCACAUGCGAGGGUACUGUUGCAGAGGACACGAAGGCGGAGGAAACCCAAGUAGAGGCGAAGGAAUCGCAGAAUGUGGAGAAGCGCGGCCUGCAUUCUUCCUUUGGCGAUUUCGGCCAUGACUUCGGUGGCCACGAUGACCAUCACCACCACGAGCACAUCAAGACGGUCACGAUCGAGAAGAAGAUCCCGGUGCCGUACACCGUGGAGAAGCACGUCCCGUACACGGUAGAGAAGAAGGUACCGUACGAGGUGAAGGUACCGAUCCCGCAGCCCUACAUCGUCGAGAAGAAGGUCCCGGUGCACGUGAAGGAGGUGGUGAAAUACCCAGUCCAUGUGCCGGCCCCAUACACCGUCGAGAAGAAGGUCCCGUACGAGGUGAAGUACCCCGUCGACAAGCCGUACGAGGUGAAGGUGCACGUACCGCAACCCUACACCGUCGAGAAGAAGGUCCCGUACGAGGUGAAGGUGCACGUACCGGUCCCGUACACCGUCGAGAAGAAGAUCCCGUACGAGGUGAAGUAUGAAGUGCCCGUCCCGAAACCGUACACCGUCAUCAAGAAGGUCCCGUACGAGGUGAAGGUCCCAGUCGACAAGCCGUACAAGGUGGAGGUCCCGAAACCGUACCCAGUGGAGGUCCCGAAACCGUACCCAGUCAUCGUCGAGAAGAAGGUCCCGUACGAGGUGAAGGUCCCAGUCGAUAAGCCGUACAAGGUGGAGGUCCCGAAACCAUACAAGGUGGAAGUUAAGGUACCGUACCCAGCGCCGUACACCGUCGAGAAGAAGGUGCCGUACACGGUCGAGAAGCCGAUCCCGUACGAGGUGAAGGUACCGAUCGAUAAGCCGUACCCAGUGUACAAGGAGGUGAAGGUUCCGGUCGAGAAGGAGGUCCCGUACCCCGUGAAGGUCCCAGUCCACGUACCAGUCCAUGUUCACAAAGAAGAACACCAUGAUCAUUCGUAUGAACAUCACGAUCUGCACUAA